UGCUCAUUAGCCAAUCAGAGGAGCGUUGUGGAAGCCAGGCAUGUGUUUAUGGAGGGCAGCUUCCACAUGGUGACGGGAGAAGCCUCCGUGUCGUGAACUGAACCUUGGACCCUUCAUGCACACUGCAUGUACCACCUAGAAGAACUUUAGACGCUAAAAUGUUGUAUGUGCUAUUUGAGCACGCUUCAGGCUAUGGCCUGUUUAGCGUGAAGGAGUUUGAAGAAGUAGGAGCAUUCAUUCCUGAAGUAGAGGCAGCAGCCACUCAGGCCGCCAAGUUCCAACAGGUGGUCAAAUUGGUAGGCUUCAAGGCUUUUACCUCUGCUGCCUCUGCUCUGGAAAAUAUUAAUGCCAUAUCUGAGGGUCUCGUAACAGAAGAUCUUAGUGCCUUUUUGGAGACUAACUUGCCAAAAACAGGGAAGAAGAACCAGGUCCAGUUAGGAGUAUCGGAUGCUAAAUUAGGGGCUGCCAUUAAUGAGCAGUUAAAUGUCUCGGUCACACACAUUGGAGUUAUUCCUGAGAUUGUACGUGGUAUCCGGACACACUUGGACCAGUUUGUAAAAGGUCUGACUCCAGCUUCUAUGAAGCAAACAGAGCUGGGUUUAGGCCACUCAUACUCAAGAGGAAAAGUGAAAUUCAAUGUCAACAGAGUGGAUAACAUGAUUAUUCAAAGCAUUGCUUUGGUUGAUCAGCUUGAUAAAGACAUUAACACAUUCGCAAUGCGUAUCAAGGAAUGGUACUCCUAUCACUUCCCAGAACUUGCCAAAAUAGUUACUGACAAUUAUCAGUAUGGCUUGUGCGCUAACUUCAUCAAAGACCGCAAGCAUAUUUCAGAAGAUAAUUUGGAAGAAUUGGAGGAGAUUGUAAUGGAUUCUGCUAAGGCACAAGCCAUACUGGAUGCAUCUAGGAUGUCGAUGGGUAUGGACAUAUCUCCCAUUGAUUUGAUGAAUAUUGAACGGUUUGCCAAACGUGUCAUUGGACUAUCGGAAUAUCGUAAGCAGCUGGCAGAAUACCUGAAAAGUAAGAUGGCAUCAGUCGCACCUAAUUUGUCUAUUCUCAUUGGAGAGCGGGUAGGUGCCCGUCUCAUCUCUCAUGCCGGAUCCUUGACCAACUUAGCAAAGUAUCCCGCUUCAACUGUGCAGAUUCUUGGAGCUGAAAAGGCACUGUUUCGGGCCAUAAAGACGAGGAGCAAUACUCCAAAAUAUGGUUUAAUUUAUCACUCUACAUUUAUUGGACGUGCUGGGGCAGCCAACAAAGGAAGAAUCUCUCGUUACUUGGCAAAUAAAUGCUCCAUUGCUUCUAGAAUUGAUUGCUUUACAGAAAAUUUAACUACGGUAUUUGGAGAAAAACUUCGGGACCAGGUAGAAGAGAGGCUCAAAUUUUAUGAAACUGGAGAUUUACCACGGAAGAAUGUUGAAGUGAUGAGUGAAGCACUGAUUGAACACAAAAAUAUUCUGGCACAAGAGAAGACCAAGUCAAGUAAACGUAAACGUGACAGCAUUGUUAAUGGUGAUGCUGUUGGAAAUGAAGUGACUGAGGAAGUACCAAAGAAAAAGAAGAAGAAUAAAAAACAAGUUGUAGAGGAGGCAGAUGCUGUCGCUGCCCCUGAAGAGGAGACUGUAGCAGAGCCUGCAGAAAAUGGACCUGUUGAGAAGAAGAAGAAAAAGAAGAAGAGAAAGUCGGGAAACAUUGAAGUAGAGGAGCCAGAGGUGAAUGGUGGUGAAGAAUUAGUGGAAGAGAUGCCAGCUGUAGAAGUUCCAAAAAAGAAGAAAAAGAAGAAGGAUGUAAGCUUAGAAGGGCAGGCUCUAGAUAUGCAUGAGGAAGCUGAACAAGUUAUAGAAAACCCAACUGAAGAAGUUGGAAAGAAAAAGAAAAAGAAGAAGAAGCCGAAACAAGAAUAAAGGGACUGUUGGAUGGUGUAUUCAUACAUUUUGGCAGCAUUUGUUUUAAUUUGCCUUGUACAUGAAACUGUUUAUAGGUACAGUAUCUUAUUACAGUAAUGUGUACUGUAUGUAUACAGUGUUUGUUGGGUCUUUUAGGCAGAACUUGCUAGCUAGGCCUCACAUAGUUUUGCCAAUUAGACAUAAAUUAUAUUAAUUUUUUACUAUUAUUGUAAAAAAAAAAUUAAUAUGCAGAUAAUGCAAAUCAUAGAUAGUAACUUUUAAGUUAACCCAAUCAUUAUGUAAAUUUUGACAAGGUUGACUUUGGUUAAGAAAUCUGUUACAAUUUUUGUCUAAUUUGUUCAGCAUUAUAUUGUACAAUAUAUCAUGGUUAAAGUAACUGCUAUGGUUAAAAAUACAAGAUGUAAGGGAAAUGUCAGCAAUCUGCAUAAAAAGAAGAAACAUUAAAUAUGCAAUAUAGUAUUGGGGGGAGGGUGCAAUUAUUCCUUAUACAGUAAUGCAUAACUUAAGAUGUUUAAUUUAGUGCCUCCUUUUGAUAACUUAAGAUAUUUUAUGUCAAAUUUUAUUGACGUAAUCACACAAAUCUUGUCAAUAUACUGAACGAGCCUUGCCAAAUCUGACAUAUCUGCCCAACACGGGCGGCGUAUAUACAUGGUAUGUAUAUAUUAUUUAUGUGGUAUAUUAUUAAUAAUUAGAAAUUUGCUUCUAAAUACUUAUACAAAAUUUUAUUUAAAUAUGAAUAAUUAAAAUAGCACUUGUGAAUAUAUUGACACUGUUGAUGUGUAUGCGAGUCUUGGUCAGUGAAUGAAUCUUGUGCUUUUACUUAUAAACUGUGUAUAUAAUGUUCAACAUUAAAUCAUUGGUUACAUGA